AUGGAGCGUGAGAGAAAAACUAAAAAUCUGACUUUCAUUAAUCUUCUAGAUGUUGGGGAAAUCUAUUCAAGACUACUGGAUCACAGACCAGUAAUUCAGGGAGAAAUACGUUACUUUGUUAAAGAAUUUGAAGAAAAACGUGGCCUCCGAGAACUACGAGUACUUGAAAAUCUAAAGAACACAAUCUUUGAAACAAAUGAACACGUUCUUCCUAAGUGUGAGCAGGCAAUGCAUGACAAUCUGAAUGAAGCAUUCAAGAGAUUGCAAUCUGCCAACAAUAUGAUCCAUAGACUCCAAGAGAGGGAGCAUGAAGAGAGGAAG